AUGGCAGAGUCACCAUCUAUAGCCACCGGCCUCGUCGCCGUGUGGCACGCCUAUCGUCUUCCGCUCCUCAUUAUCAUCUCAGCACUGUACUUCACUAUUUGGGCUUAUCGCACUUUCUCUUCAAGGCCCAAGACGCAGGCAUCGGCUUCUGUCCCGUCUUCCCCACGCAGCCAUUCCCCCGAGAAACAAGAGAAACUUGAAGCGACAAGUGAAAAGCAACCUGAAGUUGCAGUUGCCGCCAAACAAAAUGCCAACCUGACUCGUACUACCGGAGGAACUACCAAACUGCCAGCCGGUCCCAAGCGUGUCCAAGGAAAGAAGCCUGUGAAGACGAUUGACGGUCGCCGUGGUUCCAACGAGGAACCCCAGCCCAUCACCCACAUCCAACCGAUCAUCUUCUUUGCGUCUGUGACAACAACCACUGAGCAUUAUGCCAACGUUCUUUUGAAGGACAUGCAAGCCGCUGCGCAGGAAAAAGCAAAAUCAGAGGGUCGCGACCAGGGCCUUUUACCCCCGCAGAUUCAUGACAUUUCCUAUAUCGAUCUGGACGAGUAUUUUAUUUCCGCUCCAAAGCCGCCGCCCACUUCUCCCGGAACUCGAUACGUUUAUUGCAUUCUAGCCCCGACUUAUAACAUCGAUACCGUGAUCAACAAUUUCCUGGCUCAUUUGGAUGAAACCCACAACGAUUUCCGAAUCGACACCGCCCCGCUGUCUCAAUUGGCCGGUUACUCCGUCUUUGGAUUUGGAGAUAAAUCAGAAUGGCCGACCGAGGAGGAAGGAUUCUGCACACAGGCUAAAGAGAUUGAUCGAUGGAUGUCCAAACUCACAGGCCGCAAGCGAGCCUUCCCAUUGGGAAUGGCCGAUGUUCAGAGUGGUACUGAAGAGGCUCUGAAGGAAUGGUCUACCGGACUCGUUGAGACCUUGUCGGAAAUCUUAGAAGCCGGUGGCCUGGGUGAGGGUGUUCAGGGAAGCGGCGACGCGGCAGAAAGCGACGAAGAAGAUGCAGACGAUGAAGAUGCGUCCAAAAAACGGAAGGACGGUUCUCAAACUAUGGUUGAUCUCGAGGACAUCAAGAUGGACGGCGACUCUAGUGCCCCGAUUCCGAUUGAUUUCACUACUGCUGGAAAAACAGUCUCUAAUGAAGACAACGUCAAAGAGAUGGUUCCCAAGACAUCGCCUACUUACAAAUCUCUUACCAAGCAAGGUUAUACGAUUGUAGGCUCUCACUCGGGUGUCAAGAUUUGUCGAUGGACUAAAUCUGCGCUACGAGGACGGGGCUCUUGCUACAAGUACUCCUUCUAUGGAAUCCGAUCACAUCUAUGUAUGGAAGCAACGCCAUCUCUCUCUUGCAGCAACAAAUGUAUUUUCUGCUGGCGCCACGGCACAAAUCCGGUCGGAACAACCUGGCGAUGGAAAGUGGACUCGCCCGAGCUGAUCUUCCAGGGCGUGAAAGAGGGUCAUUACAAGAAGAUCAAGCUGUUGAAGGCUGUGCCUGGUGUCCGCGCUGAGAGAUACGCAGAGGCUAUGCGUAUCCGCCACUGCGCAUUGAGUCUGGUCGGCGAGCCUAUCUUCUACCCGCAUAUCAAUCGCUUCCUAGACAUGCUUCAUGCAGAGCGCAUGUCGAGUUUCCUAGUUUGCAAUGCACAGCACCCGGACCAGCUCGAGGCUCUGAAACGUGUCACCCAACUCUAUGUCUCCAUUGAUGCUAGUAACCGAGAGAGUCUACGAAAGAUUGACCGCCCUCUCCACCGUGAUUUCUGGGAACGUUUCCAACGCUGUCUCGACAUCCUCCGUGAAAAGCGCCACGUCCAGCGAACCGUGUUCCGCUUGACCUUGGUCAAAGGAUUCAACGUAGACGACGAGGUGGUCGGAUACGCGAACUUGGUUGAGAAAGCAUUGCCAUGUCUCAUCGAGAUCAAGGGUGUCACAUACUGUGGAACCACUACAAGUGCAGGAGCAGGCUUGACAAUGCAAAAUGUGCCUUUCUAUGAAGAGAUUGUGACAUUCGUGAAAGCCUUGGACCAAGAACUCCAAAGCCGUGGACUUGACUAUGGUAUCGCUGCGGAGCACGCCCACAGCUGCUGCGUUCUUCUCGCCUCCAGUCGAUUCAACGUGAAUGGAAAAUGGCACACUCGAAUCAACUACGAACGCUUCUUCGAGUUAUUGGAGAGGGAAAAUGCCGAUGGAACCACCUUCACCCCAGAGGAUUACAUGCUUGAGACAGAGGAAUGGGCACUUUGGGGAAAUGGCGGAUUUAACCCUGAGGAUGAGCGAGUGUACCGGAGAGGCAAGAACAAGAACAAGAACCCACCCAUUGAAGCUCCUCCCGCGGAGACUCAGGAAGUAACGGAAGUAACGGAAGUAACGUCUUGA